AUAAUUAAAAUUCUCAGUUUAUUCAUCUUGCAGUGUCGAAAAUUGCAAUUAACUCUUGUAUCUGUUCAAUACUUAUAGAAAAAAUAAAUAAAAUGAGUGAAAGACGCGCAUGUACUGCAGACAGAGUUGUGAGUCCGAAAUCUGGAGCCAAUGACAAUUUACCUGGUGGCUCAUCAAACAGAAUUCAAAGAAAAGUUACAUGUGGUUCGGCUCGCUAUUGGGUACCAAGUAGUCCAGAGCUUGUGCGCAAUAUGGCAAACAAUCAGGGCAAUGCCUCGCCAUAUAAUUUAAAUGAUAUAAGUGUAUAUAACCAAGAGGACUAUCAGCAGGGAAAUUUUCUGGAAGGCUUUACUGAUCAAGAGGAAAAAGUCCCGCAGCACUGUGUGGGAAUGCAUUCUUUUCCAUUAGAUGACUUACCACAAGACCUUCUGGAUGAUUAUGUGGAGCCUUCCCUUUACGAGCACGACUCAUUCGAUGAUGUCAUGUGUGCUUUUGCCAGCCCGCAGCCAAGGCCAAGGGAAAUCUCCCCUUUAGUUGGGGUAUCAAAAGAUGCACUAUCCGUGGAAGAGCAAAGACAAGAUCGAAAUCUUGAAAAGGAACCACCCUUGUGUUCGUAUGUAAUAGAACCACUGCCAGAUGAUCCAAACAUAAUUCCUCCACACCCCACAAAUCCAAAUGACUUUGCUGCAAUGAUUCGCAGGGCUCGAGCAAUUGAACGACUUAAAGCAAUGCAGGAAGCGGCCAUCUUAUUAAAAACUAAUUCUCAAGUUACGGAGAAAGUAAGAGUACCAAAGCAAAAAGUCUUUACUACGAUCAGAAGACCUGUUAGACUGACACGAAGCUCUACAAAACCCCCACUAAAAGGAAGUCGAAGUAAUCCAAGUAUUCCAGAAGUUCCUAAGUCUAAACAAAUAAAGACGAAAACUGCUGCUCAAGAACAUCAACCAGACUAUAUACAACCUAAGCAUGCUGCAGACAUACAUGGCAGAAAAUUGGCUGGGUUAAAAAGCAAAAAUCCCAAGCUUUUACUGAACCCCAUUGAACCGUCAACAUACUUACCAUCGUCUCGCUUUAUAAAACCAUCGCCCUCAACUGAUGCUGCCUCUAUGACCGCAACGUAUGAAGACAUUAUAAAGCGGGCUGCCCGUAUACUGUCGAAAAGCAAUGCGACGAAGGGAAUACCAUGCAGUCAAAUAUGCCACAGAGAAGAUGAAGAAGAUCUACUGGAUGAAUUUGAAACUUUAGAAGAAUUGUAUAAUGCACAGCCAAUGGAAAAAUGUGCUUCAAUAACAAGGCAAGACAACCAACUGAUCGAAAGAAUUAAAGCUCUAGAGCGGCAGAUAUAUGAAGCAUCUCCUUGUAAAGACGAGACAAGGCACUCUUCUGGCUUACCCGUGAUGGAGCAACAAGGCCAAAAAGAAAUGCCUGCGGAAGGCAGUCAAAUGUUUGGUAUUACCGAUGCACCAGCAGAAUGUGUCUCGUCACGGUCUCCAGCAAGAUAUGCAACACCAAAAACAACGCUAAAAGACCUUGAUGUUAUGGAAAGAGCUGAUUUGGAUUAUGCCAAUUCCGAAUUGGUCCUUAGCGAUAUAUCCAUACCCACUGAGAUGUAUGACCAAGACAUAUCCCUUCAGGAAUAUGGCCUAGAAGAUAUCACAUCUCCUGAGCUUGUAGACCUGUCAAUAUCUCUUCCAAAGGCAUUGGAUCCGGAUUACCCCUUGACACUAGCCGAUGAAAUAACUAUGGCUGACACUGAAGGCGGGGAGCAAGAAAAAUCACUAGGAUUCCUAGAUUCAGUUGCUAGUGCUGUAGUCGAUAAGUUGAAGAACAUAUUUGUUGGUUUGCCAAGAGAGGAACAUGAAAAGAAUGACGAUGGCAUAUCUUUUCAAAUGGAUUCCUCUUUGCCAAAUAUUUUUGAAGACACUCCUCCGCAGCCAAAAGCUGAAUGUUCUCCCGAAAAUUCCCCAUCUGAAGAAGCCUUAUCGAAGUCCGCCUGUCUUGUGAGCCCUAUUGUUAUCCCACCCCACCCAAAAGAUCCGAAAGAUUAUGCAACAAUGAUCAAAAGAGCUCAACUGAUUCAAAAGCUAAAGGCUAGAGAAAUGGAAACCGCCCUUUCUCAUAUAAAAUCAAAACGGACUGUGUUUAAGCCAAGUGUUCCUAAAACAGGUUCAGUUGCGAAAAAGAGGGCAGGAAAUAAAAUAGCCAAAUCAGAAUCCACUCAAAAAGUGUAUCCACCUGGAGAAUUUCCCCCUGGAUAUGUGGAAGCGGUUGCUAGAGCAAGAGCAUUGGCGGGAUACAAGAACAGAUCAAUCAUCCUAAAUCCACAACGAGCUGCUACGAUCGCAGCAUUGAAUUCAAAAAGAGAAGCUGAACUGGCAGCAGAAGCAGCCUUGCCGACAGUGGAGAGAAUUCGAAGGCGAAUAGCCAGAAUCCGAGAAAACAAUGCUCGUCCGAUUUUGACCCGUCCAUCAAUCGAGACUCUUGCUACCCUUGCUGCCAUACGGGAAAAUCUGGUACAACCUUCGCAAUCGUUGCGAGAAAAAUCUAAACGAACAUCUCUGCCAAGGCGUAUGAAACAAAUAGGAGAAUCCGUAUUUACGAAACAAUUGAAGCGUCCCAUUGGAAGAUAUAAGCCAAUGACACCUAUAACUGAGGAAAGCUAUGGCGAGAAGGAUCUUAUUGAAUUCUCACCCCUUCGACCUCACGAACUACGAAUGAGACUAAAUUAUCUAACGGAGUUGGCGAACAAGACUAAAGAAGCCCAGUGUAAAGAAUGUCCUACAACUCCGAAGCAAAUUGGUUCCCCCGCAAUGCCUAGAUCUGCAGAAUAUCAUUAUACACCCAUUACACUGAGAAGCCCGACGGGCUCUUCAACGCCGGUGGAAGUAAGGAAGGAGACAUUUACACAAAAGUUUGGUAACAAAGGAUUGGAGGAAACCAUUCAUGAGGAGAUCAUGAAAACAUCGCAAAUAGAAGACAAUGGUCAAGUAAGUUCCAAAUCUCGAAAAGUAACAACCACGACGGAUGAACAUGGAAACGUGGUUUUGUGUCAAGUAGAGGAGGAAGGCCAUCCCCAAACCGAAGGCGACGCAAUUAUACUAGAUGAUAUUGAAGCUAUAGAGGCUCCCGAUUUUCUGAACACAUCUGUUAUAACCUCAGAACCAGAGGAUCCAUCUUUACCUACUCCUAGAGAGUUAAUAGAUAGAAUACGACAACAAGUUCAUCAAAAGCUUCAACAUGUUAUGCCCCCUGUACUAACAGUUCCGCCAGUAUUGGGAUUUCAGCACGAUUUCCCAGAUGAAAAUCUCUUUGAUGUUGCUAUGCCAGAAGUACCAACAUCACCUGAAAUGCAUACAUCAUUGUCACUCACAUCGCUGAACAUUCAUUCGCCGACCGUUUCACUACCCUUUUGCUUGGGAGAAACACCGCCCCACACAAAACAGCCUGUUUCUCCAUCACAACAAGCCAGUGCUGCAAAGAUGGUCCAUCCUAGGUCCGCAGAAGUAGUCCGGUGUAGUAAGAUCCAAUCUGAUUUUAAUACAAAAUCAACAAUAGUUCCAUCUUAUCCUAAGGACUAUGUAGCCAUGGUAAAGCGGGCCCGGGCAAUACAUAAUUUGAAAAAACAGAAAGGUGCAGGCACCGCUGCUUUAUCGCAUGCAAGGCCUAUUAACCAAGCCGCUAAGAAAAUAAAAAGGACGACUUUGUCCCGCCGACCUGGUUUGGUCCCAAGGGUCCAGAAAAGGAGCCAAAAAGAACUUAAACUGAAAGAAUGCCAAGCACAACCACCCCCAAUUCCUCCAGAAUACGCCGCUGAUGUAGCCAGAGCAAGACAACUGGCAGGCCUUAAGAAUACAACAGCUCUAUUGAAUCCGGAACUAGCAGCGAAAAUGACAGCUCAAAAAGCUGCAGAAGAUGCUUUCGAACUUCUGCCUCCAUAUCAGAAAAUUUUAAAGAGAAUGGAAAAGUUGAGAGCUAUUCACACAAACCGGUCAAAAGUUGAAGUUUCAGCCGAUGUUCUGGGUGUUAUCGAGGCAAUUCGCGACACAGUGCCGCCCAUAAGGAUAGAGAAAAAAAUUUCCACAGCUAAAUCACAGCAUUCUGAAAAGCCACAGGAGAAAGUAUCUCCCAAAAUCCGAGACGGAUCAUUGGAGGAAUUCGAAGCAAUCGAAAGGGAAUUGGCAAAAACUCAUCAUAGUCCACAAAUUCCAUUUGAUACGACUGAUCGUGAAAGAUUAUCGUUAGAUGAAUUUGAAAAUCUCGAAAGGCAGAUAGGAAGGGCAUUACAGCACCAGAAAGACAUGUCCCGCACAAAGACAUCACUGGAAGAAUUCGAAGAAAUCGAAAAGCUAUUAAAGGCUACAGAAGAAAGUACCACUGGAAUAACAAUCACAGCCCAGCCACGGACUUCUUUGGACGAGUUCGAGAAAAUCGAAAGACAAUUGGCUAUUGCAGAAUUUUGUCCCGAGCAAGGAACUGUGCCCAUUCACUUGUAUGAUGUCACACCAAGAGCUACGAAUGGUGCUCGACGCCGUAGAAAUCUUAUGCAAGAAAUGGCAACUAAUCAGCCAGUAGAAAAUGCGGAUCUGUACAAAAAUCUUGUUUCAGAAUUUGCGAUUGGACAAACCGAAAGCAUCGAGUCCAACGGUUUGCACACUUUGAUGUCAUACACCCCUGAAUGCCCCAAGGAACGUUUGCGCAAAAUCAAAGAAGCUCAGCAAACACACAUCGCUCAAAAAGAGGACUUAAACGUGGAGACUUGCCCCUCACCAUUGCCAGUUUACACUCCGAUAACUUUGGCCAGCCCCACUAAGUCAUCAGUGUUAAAGGAAUUAACCCUUGCAACACAAGCCGAUGUCGCAAAGGACGAUAAACUCGUCGAUCUUCAAACCCCAAAGCUGCAAACUAAAGGUUUCAAGUUACUUGACGAGCUUCGAUAUAUACCCUUCGAUGUAUUGGAGUACGAAGAUGUUCCACACAUGCCGGAUAUUUCUUUCGACGACCCUAUAUCACCACCACCCCAGCCCUCCGAGUUAAUAAACAAAAUACGAAUGCAGGUCCAAAAGAAACUAAAAGAAGAUAUACCAGCACACAAAGUAUUUUCCCCAAAGAAGCUCAACUUUCCAGACGUAGAAUCAGCAGAGAAUUUGUUUGAACUAAGCGCCCCAUCUUUAAUUCAGACACCACAAAUGAUAACACCAAAAUCACAAAUACAACAAACGCCUAGUGUGUCCCUACCUUUUAUUUGGCAAGAAUUCUCCCCACAUACGUCUGAAGUUAAAGCUUUACGUUCCCCUAGUCCAGUAAUAAGUCGCGAGCCACCACCAUUCGAAAGUUCUAAGGUUUCCCCUGCUGAAGCCCCAUUUAAAGUACCACCCCAUCCCAAAGACCCCAAGGAUUACGAGGCAAUGAUAAAAAGAGCACAAGCUAUUCAUAAACUCAAACUGCAACAAAGAGAAACCGAAAAGGAAACGGCUGCACCUGUUGCGUUCGGCGUAUCUACUGCUGCCAAAUCACAAGGACGCGUGCCCAUUUCGAGAUGGGCGAAGCCCCCUCAAAGGGUUUCCCAAAUGAAACCUAGCAAAAAGUUGGUUCAAAAAAAGACAAGUAUUAAAAAAUGGCCCUCUCAACAGAAGACACAGGUGAUUGAUGAAACGGAUUGUUCCCAGGAACCACCUCCCAUUCCAACUGAAUAUGCAGCUGCUGUUGCACGAGCUCGUACAUUGGCUGGAUAUAAAAAUAAAACAGCAGCCCUUAAUCCUGACGUAGCAGCCAGACAGGCCAAAAGAAAGGCAGCUGCUGAAGCGCAAGCCGACGCCUUUGCAGCUCUCUCAGAGCAUGAAAAACUUAAAAUACGCCUACAAAAGCUGAAAUCCAGACCAGAAGAUAUUCAACUGGCUAAACUCACCAUAGAACAGAUGGCUAUCUUGCAACAUCUGAAAGAAGUCCUUUCACAUGAGUCUUCCUCACACACAACAUCAAGAGCACAACGUUUAUCCAUAACUCCAUGUACCACUCAUAGUGCUGAAAGCGAAAGUUUUUCUAACGAAAUGGCUGAAUUUGAGGAGUUGGAAAAAAUAGAAUUAUCACCGCACUCAAUGCAACAAGAUGCACCAAAAGCUCCAGAUGUACUGGAGAUGAGCCAAAUUAUAGCAAAACUGCAACAACAACAAUUGGCCACACCAGCACUCAUAAGGAUUGAGGACAAAUAUAAGCAUCUGACAUCUCAAAUGCGGACAGGACCAAAAAUUCCCACACCACUAAGUCCCAUCAAAACUCCUGAUUUUCACUAUAGCCCCAUACCGUGGGAAUCGCCCAUGUCUGGCAAACGCAUCGAAAAAUCAACCAUGCACAGUUCACCGCACAGUGAAAAAAGAACUACCGAUACCACAACCAAUAUUGCUACGCAGACACCUAAAACUAUACAGGCACAGCCCAAAGAUACCGCCAGGGACUAUACAGUUCUCGAGGACAUUGAAGAACCUUCUCUUCUGGAUAUGUCACCCAUUUCUCCAACGGGAGCACCCAGACCUCGUGAUAUUAUUGAACAAAUAACGAAAAAUGUUCACAAUAGACCAUCGAGAAGGGACGUACCAGUGGACCAUCUUAUUGAGCUAAGGACACCACCCAGGGAACUGCCAUUGCCCCAAGAUAUAAGUGUCGAUGAAGAUUUACUUGCAAUGACCUGUCCAACUCCUCCUAUAACACCCCCUCUGAAAACUCCAGACCAAUUUCCUGGAAAAAUGGCAUCAGACAUAUCCUUACCAGAAGUAUUCGUCGAAUCACCAAAUACGUCAGUGCCUCUGCUCAGACGUCCAAUGUCAUCUCUAGAAGGACCAAUUUCGUCAACUCAAUCGGCCGAUAGUGAACAACAACUUAACGCUUACCAAAAGGCUGAAGAAACUGCUAAAGCUGAUGCUACAACACCAAAACGGGGGGCCACCGACGAAAGCACAAGAGCUAAAGGUUUGCCCAUUUCCAAAAGGUAUGGAAUGCGUCCACGACCUGUUUUGAAAAAACAAAGUGAGACAGGAAAAACCGCACGCCCAGAGUGGCCUGCCAAACCCCAACCUUUGCCGGCCGAAUAUGUCGAGCAAGUUGUCAGGGCCAGAAGACUGGCAGGUCUACCAUAUGGCACAAAAGCUUUGACUCCGAACGAUGUUGCCAAAACUAUUCAGCAACCUCCACCUCCUUCUACCUCCAACUUCAGAACUUUGAUGGCUAGAAUAGCUGAAAUGCGCCGAAAGGGGCACAUGCCACAGGCAAAGCCAACGUUAGCUGCUGCCGGUUAUUUAGAUGCUAUCAAAGCUGGCUUCCCGGGGGAGUCCAACGAAGGAUUUUCAGGUAGCCCACUAAGCGGCUACAUUUCAAAUGCUCCAAUUACAUUGGACAGCUCCCCUCAUCAACAAAUAGCCAGCAUACACAAUUUUGAAGAUUUACUUGAGCUGGAAUCACUCGGAAAUAUUGAAGAGCCAAGUUUAGUGGACUUAAGUGCCCCAGAACAAGACUUUGAACAAAGUAUGUUCGAAACUCCAAAGAAUUCUUUCUCCACGCCAUCUCGUCUUAUCGAUAGAAUUCGAAAGCAAGUAUUCGAAAAACUAAAGACGGAAAAGGUAGCUGCCCUGCCCUCCCCCAAUAGAAGUACGCCCCCAGUGCUUAAUUUUCCAGAAGAUUUCCCGGAUGAUGAAAUAUUUGACAUAAGUGCUCCUGAUUUCACUGAAUCUCCUCAGAGAUCGGAUUCGAAUAUAUGUUCGCCAAAUAUUUCCCUUCCUCAGUACUUCAAUAUGCUUAGCACACCAAAGUCAGCUAGUCCCGGCAAAUGCAGAUCUCCCAAAGCCCAUAUACCUGUAAACAAAACUACAAUAUCGCCACCCAUAAUGGGAGUGCAUCGAGGUAUUCGUAUAAAAACACCACAAGAAUCAAAUGUGCGCAUACCGCCUCAUCCUAAAGAUCCUGCAGAUUAUAUUGCCAUGAUUCAAAGAGCGCAGUUGGUACAGAAACUGAAAGCCCUACGCGAAGCUGAAGCAAUGCAAAGCAAGACAAAGAUAUCUUCCCGCAGCCAACCAACAACAAGAAAUGUUAAAAAUUUGUCUCAAAGAGAACCACGCGGAAAAUCAAUGUCAAAGACUGCUGCUAAGCACAAAGUACCGGCAAUGCAAGAAUAUCCAGCAGAACCACCAUCAUUACCACUUGAUUAUGUUUUAGCUGUAGCCCGAGCACGUAAAAUUGCUGGACUUAAGAACACUGCAGCUGUUUUGAAUCCUCCAAAGCCACCACAGGACUAUGCCACAAUAAGGGCGCGGGCUGCUGCUCUAAGAUCUCAAAUAGGUGAUAUUGGGUUAGCAGAACAAGAAUUUGGAGACAAAAUGGUAUAUCGGAAACCAUGCGAACCCAAAAAUCAAGAAACAAAAGAGCAAGAUGUAGUUUGGUCAACAAAUUUGAAACCAGCUCGAGACCGUUAUCGGGACCUAAGAUCUACAAUACACAUUACAACCCCAAAAACGUCCCAUAAACCCGCAACUCCAGAUACUCCUGAUAUAUUACACGAAUAUAGCCCAAUAGAAUUAGUUGCAUCGCCUCGUUGUCCAUUUGUAGAUAAUAUUUCGCUGCCCCAACUAGGAGAUGUUUCCAUGCCUGCCGACUUGUAUGAUAAUUACCCAUAUCUCUCCGAUAACGAUAUUGAACAAAAUUUGCUGUCAUAUGAAUUACAACUGCCGAGACAGGGCCCUAAAGACGAUUUUGAUGCCCUCGAAAACCAAAUAAAGAAAAAGUUUAAUACCAGACAGAUUUCACUAUCCCCUCGGGCCAUUUGUUCGUUGCGCGACGAUUCAAUGGACGAAUUUGAAGCACUUGAGAGAAGUCUUGAGAGAACACCUCAAACCAGGCAGCUAUCAAUUUCUUCAGAGGUUGCCUCUGCACUUGUCGAUAAUUCUAUCCAAGAAUUUGAAACUCCAGAACGAAAUACUCAGCAAACUCUCGAAAAGCCAUCUGAUAAUAUGAAUCGCGCUAGGCGCAUUUCACUAACCCCUCGUGCUUUUUGCGUGAUCCAAAAGGAUUCCAUGGACGAAUUUGAAGCACUUGAGAGAAAUCUCGAGAAAACACCUCAAGCAAGGCAACUAUCAAUUUCUCCACAAAUUGUCACUGCAUUUGCCGAUAAUUCCAUCCAAGAAUUUGAAACUCCAGAACGAAAUGCUCAGCAAGCUCUCGAAAAGCCAUCUGAUAAUAUGAAUCGCGCUAGGCAGAUUUCGUUAACCCCUCGUGCUUUUUGCGUGAUGCGGGAGGACUCCAUGGACGAGUUCGAUGCGCUUGAGAGAUAUGUCGAGAAAACCCCUCAAACCAGGCAGCUAUCAAUUUCUCCACGGCUUGCCUCUGCACUUGAGAAUAAUUCCAUCAGCGAAUUUGCAACUCUAGAACGUAAUGCUUCGCAAACUCGAACGUGCCCCAGGUUUAAUGACACGCCACAGUCAAAAUUCGUUUCUGGUGAAUUUAGUGCAGUACAGUCGCUUAGAGGAACAGAGAGAGAGGGCAGCAUUCCAAAUCGUCAUUAGAACAAACACAUUCCCUAUGUAUUUAGCUGAGAAUUAACUUGUAAAAAAGUAAAAUUAAUGUCUUUUCUUGUUAGAACAAAUUAUUUAUGAACCCAA